AUGUGCGGUGAAUCCAACAGGCCGACCUUUGGUGGCACCAUUGCAGUCCUAUUUCCCCCCGAUAAUGGCUUGGGCUCUAUCGCUUCAGAAAAAUCGCUUUCCUCGUCACCAGACUCGAUUGUUUCCUCCGCUUCAUCCACUUCAUCUUUAUCUUCGUAUUCGCUCUUUUUCCAGGACGGAGAGAAAGACGGCAGCAAGAAUACGAAGGCUGUUUUUCAAUUCAGUGAUGCAGAGACAUACGAAGCUCUUCGUGAAUGCCGACAGGUGGAUAUGCGGGUAGAACAAUAUGGAGAUCUCUCUACAUCGACGCCUCGUGCAGCCCCUCUUCACAGUUUCCGCCUGGAUUUGGCCCACAGCUCAACGCUCAAACCGGGCCAUCGUCAAACAGAGCUGGAAAUUGAGUUGUCUGAACGGUUGGAUCUGGGUGUCUCGGCAAAGGGCGUCGUUGGGCGACAGAUUACCGUGAGCGAUGGUUGCGGCGUAGUACUAGGCGUUGGAAUUGUCGGAUACAAUUAA